AUGAUCGAGGCUGUGUACAUCACAGAUGUGUCAAAUACAUUGAUAUUUGAAUACUGCAAUGGUUUGUCACUACCUAAGUACAAAACAAUUCUCCCGAAAAUAACCGAUAUUGAUAGUGAUCAAAUAGGUUUCGAGAACUCAUCUACAAACACACCGAUCAAAAUCGUCAUCAAUUCAACGUACUAUGUAGUUGGUCACAAACAUCAGUCACUACUUAUAUACGUCUUGUGUUCUGAGGAUAAAACCGUAUCCAAUCCACUCAUUCCACACACAUUCAUUACACGAUUCGUUGAAACUUUGCAAGACUACUUUGAUGACUUGACUAGAAGCAAAGUUGAAGCCAACACCGAUAUAAUUACCUUGAUAUUGUAUCAAAUGCUAGACGACGGAAUGCCUUAUAUAACUGAUUUCAACAAAAUAAGAGAUUCGGUUAGCCAUACUUCGCUACUUUCGAAAAUCAUCAACGAAGCAUCAAAAACGACUGGAUUACAACCGGAAGUCAAGCAAAGUUUCACUACUGAUAUCCCAUGGCGAAGAAAUAAUGCCCGACAUACGAAUAACGAAAUGUACGUUGAUGUGAUUGAAAAUGUCAAUAUGAUUUUGAAGCCAAUUGUAACAAAGCUGAAACGUGAGCAAUACGAUUCGGCGUUUUAUUCAAGUAAAACAGAUAACAAAGUCGACAAUUACGUCUUGAGUGGAUGCAUCGAUGGACAAAUUGAUUUUUUCAGUCAAUUGUCCGGUACUCCCACAUUAGAGUUAACUUUGAAUAAAGUUGGUUCCAACUUAGAAAUGCCCAGGUUUCAUAGAUGCAUAAAUUUGGAUUUAUUUAAGGAAAGACGCGGAGUGCUAUCGUUCAUUCCACCUGAAGGGAAAAGCACAUUGAUGAAGUAUCAAUUUGACUUGAACGAACUAAAAAGCAAUAGAGAAAAGACAAGUUUGAUCAAAUUGAGUACGAUUGAUGUUCAAUUUUCAAUCGAGCCAAAUUCAUCCGAGUUUGAAAUUAAAUUGUUCCCAGCAAAUAUGAUCACAAAAGUUGAUUUCAUUAAAGUUGAAAUUGUUUGCGAAGACGUGGAUGACCAGGUAAAAAUUAAUAGAAUCAGUCAUGGUGAUUUUCAAACAUGUGUAUCGGGCAAACACGAAUGGAGUAACAAAGAUUUGAAAAAGGGCGUGGUUCCUACUCUCAAUGGAACAAUUAUCGCAGAAGACAAUGAGGAACAAGAACAGCCCAAAGGAGAGCAAAACACUCACAAGAGACCACUGUAUAUUAAGUUGAACUAUUCACACAAAGGUCCAGUUCCCAGCGGGAUGAAAAUUGAUAGUUUAUUAGUGGUUAAUGCUAAAGGUUUGGGUGAAAAUAUCAAACCUUACAAGGGAGUCAAGUAUACUACAAAAAGCGGUGAUUACAUUGUGAGAGCUUAG